AUGGCAUCAGAUACGCUUGACUUCUCACUGAGUCGAGGCACGGCCGAGGAAAUCCAGCAGUUCGGCGUCUUGCUUUUGCAAGGUAUCAAGGAACGUGGAUAUGUAAAGAUUCAAAAUUCGGACAUCUCUGCUCACGAGAUUAGCGAGGUUUUCAACUAUUCACGUCAGUUCUUCGACCUGCCUCUGAGCGAGAAAUUGAAGAUCCAACAUCCUCCCGCGGCUAUGCCCAAUCGUGGGUACAGUUUCUUCGGCCAGGAGAAUCUAGGCAACGAGGGAGACGAGUCGGGAGGGACCGUCGUCAAGGAUAUUUCCGAUUUGAAGGAAGCCCUUGACUUCGGGUCCCCGGCCGACCACUUCAUGGAAAACAUGUGGCUCGAAGACUCCGCCGUGCCAGGCUUCCAAGCGACGGUGGAGGACUUCUUCCGCCGAUGCCAGCGCAUCGAGACGGAUCUCUUCCUCGCCCUUUCCCAGGCCCUAGGGCUCCCGGCCUCCAGACUGACCGAGACGCAUUCCCGCGCCGAGAACGAGCUCCGCCUGCUACACUACCCUUCAUUGCCGGCCGCAGACUCGCCGCACCAGCGCCGAGUCACCCGCAUCGCGCCGCACACCGACUGGGGCACGAUGACUAUGCUCUGGCAGGACAGCUGCGGCGGACUUGCGGUUCAGAAUCGCUCAGGUCCCGACGGUAGCGGCAACGGCGACUUUCAGCCCGUGGACUCAGCGCCGGCGGAAUUCAUUCUCUCCAUCGGAGACUCGCUGCAGCGGAUGACGAACGAUACGCUGCUAGCGACGCCGCAUCAGGUCAAUUUCCCAGAGCCAGUGGAGCAAGACGGCGAACAAGUCCUUCUGGAGCGAUACUCCGUGGCGUAUUUCAUCAAGCCAAAUCGCGAUACUUCGCUGCUUCCGUUGGAGGAGUUCGUGUCGGCGGACAGACCCUGUCGUGCAAAGGUGGAAUACUAUCCUCCUCACCCUAUACUCACCAUCGCAGGCUACGUGACCGAUAGCCUGCGGACCCGACGAGGUCCUUUCCUCGUUGGCCUGGUCACUCUGGCAAUCGGCACCGCUCUGCUCUGUGUCGGCACCUCGUUGGCACUCUGGAUUGUCGGUCGCAUCCUCCAGGGUAUGCCCACGGUCGUGGUCUGGUCCACCGGUCUGGCCCUGCUGAUCGACGUCGCACCCAAAGACGAGCUGGGCCGUCUGACGGGCUACAUCGGGACGGUCCCGAGUCUGAGGACAUUCGGCGGUCCCGUGAUCGGGGGGUUGCUCUACCAGUAUGCAGGCUAUUAUGCCGUCUUUGCGGUAGCGUUCGCUCUCAUCGCCCUUGACGCCGUCCUUCGACUGGCCGUUGCGGAGAGACCGGGUGGCGGAUGCGCGUCACCUCGCACCGAAUCCGAGCUCGAAGCGCCCGAUGAUGCGCAUGUAGGAUCCAAAGGGCGCGCAGGCGACAAGCUCCGUCUCCCAGUCGCAACCCUAACUCCCAUGCCAUCGCCAUUGACCAGCACCCGCUUCGCCCGACCGGCAGUAUUCACCUUCCUCUGCUCUCCGCGCCUUCUCGUCGCUCUGUACGGCUACUUCAUCCUCUCCGUGCUCUUUUCCGCCUUCGACACCGUCCUGCCGCUCUUCGUGAGCGACACCUUCGGCUGGACUCGUCUCGGCCAGGGCCUUGUCUUUAUCCCGCUCAGCGUACCCCAGCUGCUCAGCCCCGUCGCCGGCGCCCUGAUGGACCGAUUCCCCGCCUCCCGUCGCUACGUCGUCGCAGGCCUGUUCCUCGCCUCGACGCCCAUCCUCGUCAGUCUGCGCUUCGUCACGGCCGCCACGAUUCCCCAUCAGGUCCUGUUGUGCGCACUUCUGACCCUCCUGGGGAUGGUCGUCGCCGUCGCCAUCCCCGCCGUGAUGACAGAAAUCGGGCUGGUGGUGACGGAUCAGGUCGGUGAUUCCCGUGGCGCCACGGCCCAGGCGUAUGGGUUGGGCCAUACCGUGCUAGGCUUGGGUACCAUCACUGGGUCGCUGCUGGCAGGAUACUUGCGGGACUUGCACCGAUGGGCGGUCAUGGCGGCCAUGGUAGAAAAGGGGAAGCCCGGAGUACCUAAGAAGCCGGAGCUUUCCCCGCACUUCUUUAUCCUUGCAAGCAGCCGCAUAAGCGCCACGAUUGAACGUUGCGACCUGCUCGUUGGCAAAUUCUCCCUCCUUGCCAGUCACACACAACACUUCAACCCUCCCAGUGGUCCAACUGCCGCGAUGCUGAAACCCACGAGGACCGUCUGGAGCGUGCAGCUCCAUGGCCUCCAGCCUUCCUCUCGGGGUUUAGCGCGGCCACCGCCCUUAUCGGCUUAUCGGCAGGGGACUAGACUGAUGAGCAUUGCUCAAUCCAAGAUGACUCUCGCCAGCAGCCUGUCCCAGUACAGGUUGGCCACCGAAUCCGUGGAAUCGUGGCUGGUAAAUACUGCCAGGGCGUAUGGUUACCAGAUUGACCCUCUGACGGCUAAUGCCAACUCUACCGACGACAACAACGACAACAACGACAACAACAACGACGACAACAACCAGACCAGCCAAGCUCUCUCGAAAGAAGCGAGGAAGCUGGCUCAUGAUGAAAAGGCCUUUGCCGCUGCAUCUCCCCCAGUGAGCGGAGCCGCUCCUCCAUCGAAGCAGCAGUCGGUGUAUACAAAUAAAAUCGAUAAAAUUGGCCACAGGGAAUUCAUCAGACUAGCAGACUUCAUCGCCGCCUCGGAUCCCCCCGUCAGCGUUCCGGCGACGUUCAUAGAGGCCCUGGACCGUGCUAUCUCCAUUCGACUGGCACACGGUAAGCAAGUCAUCGGGAAAAUACCGAAUGGCCCCUACAAGCGGAGCAUGGUCCAACAGCACAACUACUUUAUUCGCGUCCUCAAACACGUGCGGGAAGUCCUGUGUCCCAAGGUGUCGAGUGUCCGGGAGCCGGGCGAACGGCAGGAUGAGACGGCGAUUCAUUUGAGCUACGAAGGCGAACUCCGGCAGAAUCUGGAAGAGGCGUACCUGGGCUUUGAACUUCUGAAGAAGGAUUUCCGCAGCCUUCGGGCGGUCAUCAUUCGGUCGUGGCUGGGAUACCGGCAGGGAAUGUUUGACCUAGUCACCGUGUCGCUGCUGACGAACUCGGCCAUUGGCACCGCCCGGCGAAGGCAGGAGGAGGUGCAAAAGCUGUUUGACAAGCACGGCGGAUCGGCGCGAAUGCUCAACGCCAUCUAUGCAGCGCAAUGUACCCUGCACGGCGAGAUGCCGAAUUUCCGCGAACAGCCGGGCGACGACCUGAACUUCCGCAUGUACGACGUCGCCGACUCGAUGAUGUUACCGGCCUUUAUGCUGUUGCAGUCGUUUGACCAAGACGCCUUGGUCAAGCCCAGGAACAACCCUCCGUACAAGCCCGACUACGGAAUGUUUAACCCGGCGAGUGCCAGGUCGGAGAAGAGCGCCCGAGAAAAAUUCCAGGAAGACAAGAUCGUGAUGCUGGACAUGCUGUCAGGAUUCUCCACUUUCCAUCAACGGGUACCCCCCCAGCCGUUUGAAGACGAGUUCACGCGGGGUCUCCGGCUGAUGUUAAAAACCCACAUUAUCCCCAUCUGGCUCGUUUUCGCCGCCCAGGUCUUCCUGGAUAUUCAUCACGCUCUGCGAGGCAAUGUCACGAGAGCUAUUUCAGAUCUGCAGGUCUCAGUCGGGUCCAUGGAGGCCUGCAUCAAGAAGAAACUUGAAUUCCAUUCCUCGCUGACCGUUGCAGGGUGGCCGAAGAAGAGCUACCAGGCGUUCCAUUCUAUGCUAAAGGAAAUUCACUGGUGGGUGGACUCGGAUCACCGGUGGGUGGACUCGGAUCCCGUGGUGCAUCCCGAAGCCAAGAUCAAAGUGAGACCCAGGGAGAUGUUCAAAUUCAUGAAGUGGAACCCCCUCUUCUGCGGGAUGCUCAACUACAACCUCCAGCGUGGCUACAAGGAGCUCAGCCUGUCCUUACCGGCUGUGAAGAGUGAGCUGCUGAUGGUAGCAGGUGGGGCGGUGGACGAGAUUAUUGAGAAGAGGGAGGGAAAUACGGUGCUUGAGUCUCUCAGGGAGAGAGAAUGCCCGGUAGUCUUUGGGGUGGAAGAACGAGCAUGA